AUGGCACGGUUGUACAUACGCAAAGUGUGUGCAUGUGGUGUUGAGUUUGUGGAUCUACCAGCAGUGAUGAAUGUCGCUUCGCUGUGCAGUGGCUCUGGGACAGGGGAGCUCACUCUCAAUGCUGCGGUGCAGGAACUGAGUGAUCAUUUCCUGCUACCCGCUACUGUCAAAGUUGUGAUGGCAUGUGAGCGUGAGGGAUGGAAGCAGCAGCAUUUGGCCCACCACAUUGUGCCUAGUUCUUGCUGCAUCUAUGAUGAUGUGAUGACGCUCGGGUCUGCAGCAGCGCAUUUCAAGCAGAAGGACGAUAGCAAAGGCAGCAAAGGCAAUGCAAAGGAUGAUUCCAUCAAAGCACCCUUUUGUGUUCACCAUCGUGCAGAAUGCAACCCAAUGGACAAGGAGAUAUUUAUGCUCAAGAGCGGCUUCUCUUGCAAAGGCAAUUCUCGAAUGAACAGCCGCUUUGCAGAGUUUAGAGAGAGCAUGAAAAUGGGCGACUUCUCAAACAGCUCUGUGAGCACGUUCUAUGGGACGUUGGGAAUGAUUGAAUGGUCCAAACCGAAGGUCUUUGUCCUGGAGAAUGUGGACAGUGCUGGUGGCGAGUCACAGCAAGAUUCCAAUUUGGCACGAGUGAUGGAAGAGCUUCGCACGGUGGACAACGGGAUGUAUGAGGCGCAUGUAUACCACCUGGCAACCUCUGACUACAUCUUACCACAGAAUCGGAUCUACAUUGUUGGCUACCGCCUGGACGGAUUUGUCACCAACAAACCCCCAGAGGACUUCUUUGAGGAGAUUGGCUACUUGCUGGAAGCUAUGAAGACACCCACUUUGCCGGUGCAAUCGCUUCUACUUGCAGAUGAUGAUCCUGAUUUGCAAGCCGAACUUCACCGGAGAGAGGCUUUCCGAAAGGAUGCGGAGAAGAAGGCAGAAACAGACAUGAAGUGGGUAGGAUCCCACAUGGAUGCUUGCGAAGCUCGAGGCUUGCCUUGGCCACCACAUGUGCCACAGCAUCUCAAGAACAACCGCUGGCUGGCAGCUGCACCGCAGAGGGAACAGGAAAUUAUCAACAUCACUGCUCUGGACUCAGAUGUGGUAUGGGUGGAUGCAUCGCAAAACAUGUCCAGAGUCAGGGGCUCCAAGAACCAGAAUGCUCCAACGAUUCUGCCCAAUUGCCAUUUGUUCCACUACCCCACUGGGCGCUUCCUUGUGGGGUCUGAUCUGAUGCGACUCCAGGGGUUUCCUUCCAGCAUUUUGCAUGGUGGGACCCACACACAAGCUCAACUAUCUGAUUUGGCAGGGAAUAUGUUUUCAUCAUCUGUGUCUUUGGCUGUAGACAUUGCAGUGCUUUGCGCCAUUGAAUGCGAGCAAAUGAAUGGAGAUGCUGCCAUGGAUACCACUACUCAGCUGUGCCGACUGUUGCACAUGUGUGGAGAUUCGCUUGAGAUGACUGAUGAUGCUGACGAGUUUGUGCUGUGA